AUCAAACACUUUUUUUUUUGAAACUCAAUCAAACACUUGAGUCAUAUUAUGUUCAUUUUCUACACUCCCAAUCAUCAUAUGCAAAAAUACACACACACAUAUACAGAGAGAGAGAGAGGCUUGAAAGAGAAGAAGGCCCGUGGAUGGAAGCAUUAGUUCAUUGCUUGAAUUGCAAUCAAAGUUAUGAAAUUUACAGCAGAAGAGAUAUUGCUCUCUCUCUCUCUCUCUCUGAGAGAAGGGCCUAACGUUCACGUCAAUCAUCCACUAAGACAUUAGACAUCAAAUCUUCAGAAACUCAAUUGCAAAAACACUUGAAUUCCUUACUCCAACCAACUCUGAAAAUACCCUUUCAACCAAAAAUACUGGGGGAGAUAAUAAACUAAAAGGGUACUGAAACAUACCAUGUACCUUUGCAUUCAUGCCAUAUUUUGCAAAAAGAUAUGACACAACACACAACCUAGAGAGCCAUUGGGGAUUUGAAUCAAAUUCUUUUUUUUUUCCUCAGUUCAAGGAAGAGUACCUGAAAAUGAGUUCCAAUAGGGAGAAGAACAUGAUGAAGAGAUCGGAUUUCGCACAGAAGUUGUUGGAUGAUCUCCAGUUGAGGAAAGAACGGCUCGGGUCCUCUCGGAACUCCAGCAACCCGAGCUGCAUUCCUUCAGAUAAAUAUGGAUAUCCUAAAAACGGUUUGAAGAGAUCUGUGGAGUUCAAAACGAAAAAUACAAGCACUCAAGUUCUGAAUAUGCAAAACAGUUACAGUGGAGGAAGUAAAUCACUCACGAGGGCAGAGGCUUCGAAUCAGAUCCUUCCUUUCGGAAGAGGCCAUAGCUCGGAGAAAAUCGAUCUAUCCAAGGCAUUGGCUUUUGCGCUAGAAAACGCCGGAAAGGCUACAAGAAUAGACCCCUCAGGGAGCGCCUCGAUAAUUAGUUUCCUGCAGCAAGUAGGAAGGAGAUCAAUGGGAUAUGGAACGGUGGAAAGAAAAGGCAGUGUAGGAGUGCAACAGUCAUCGAGCAGCCAAUUUCCAAUGAUCCACGUUCAUAUCAAAGAAAUAUCAAAGGGAACUCAAAAAUUGAACCAGAUCAUAAAAGCGUGUAGAAACGGCCUCGGGUUUGGCAAUGGAAGAUACUCAAAAGAAUAUGGAAAGGAACUAAUGCAAGGUGCCAUUGAGUUGGAACAGUCUCUCAGGAUGCUUGUAAACAUACAAGAAGCUUCAGAUUAUCCAACCGGCUCACAGAAGACAAAUCGAAUCAAGCUACUAGACGACAAUGGUGAGGAGCAGGAUGAUGAUGAUGAUGAAACUCAAAAGAGCCAUGACCGGAUGCAACUUGAAAUGCCAUCAAGAUACUAUCAGAACAUCAAGGAAGUUGCAAGGGCUGAUAUCAAGGUGAGACUAUCAGCCCUUGCUUAUCCCGAGAAUGAUAACAUCGAUCGCAACAAGCAUUUCAGAGCAAGGUCACACUGGAGAUCAGUUACUUGCGAUGAAGCCGGGCUUCCCUCAUUUACAGUAGAUAAUAACCAGUCAAAAUCAUCAAAACCUGGAACCGGAAGGAUUCCAAGUGUCAUUGCAAAGUUAAUGGGACUAGGAGAAUUUCCAGAAGAUGAAGAUACGAAGCCAAAAGAAUCUACCUUGAAGACUGAGAUCGAAAACGAUGUAUCCAUCAAGUUUGUAAAGGUUGACCAGAGAAGAAAAGAUGCUGAUCUAGUGAUGAAGAACACAGGACAGAAGGCAAUGCAAUCUAACAAGGUUGCACCACUCGAAAAUCUCAUUGCACCAAUGCCACAAAGGAAGCCAACUUCAAUGAAUAUUGAUUUGGAUUUAGUUAUGCAUGAUGAGAUUCGCGUGGAAAAUGCUACAACAGACAAAACAAAGAGUCAGAAACAUAUUUGGGGAAAAGAAAGAGGAAAGGAUGACGAGGACAACAUAAGGAGAAACAAUUAUGUGAAAGGAGAGGCAAAGCAGGUAUCCAGUAAGAAUGAGGCACAAAGAACAACACAAUAUAUGAACAGAAGGGCUAUACCUACAGGUGCAUUUCAAGAAGAGAAAGAGUACAAACCAAAUGCACCUCAGACAGAAAAUAAACAAAGGACCAGCCAACAAAAGCCACAAAAUCAUCUCAGCUUUGAGCCAAAGCGAAUGUUCCAUAAGUCUGAGCCACGAGAAACAAGAGGAGGAGAAAAAAGGUACAAUGCAAAUGAACAGUUGCAGCGGAGAAGACAAAAGGCAAAUGUCUUGGUGACCAAUCACUCACCAAAACCUUUGAGUUCAGGGGAUGUUCAAAAGAAGCUACCACUUAAAAACAAGGCUAAAGCUCAUAGGAAAAUUUUCUCGGAAUCUGAUGGUGCAUUAGAUACCAACAGGUCCCCAAAUGGAAGCCAUCAACUCAAACCAAGGAAUGAAAGUUUACACUUAGCACAGUUCAACAGGGAAGAUGUAAAUCACAAAUCCUCAAGAAUUGUUCCGUCGUUACCAGAUCCAAAAACUGAACGAGACUACAGUGAUGAUCCACUAGGAAAGAAGGAAAAACCAGUUCUUAUACAAGUUUCGCAGAAAGCAAAAGAAGGAAAUGUGCAUAAAGGCGAAAUCCCUCAGAACAUCAAUCAAGCAAUGGCCAAGCAGAACAAAACAUUCCGCAUGUCGACCAGGCCACUGGAAUAUCAGAGUACUGAUUCCAAAGAAGGAACAGAUGGAAGGAAGGAACUACUCAGCAGUCAUAAAGACACUGAUCAGAUUAAAAGCAACCAGACAGAAGCAGCAGAAGAAACGACCAUUAAGUCUGAAGUUCCAGCGGCCGGCAUACAAUCACCUGACAGAACUGUUGCAAACAAUGACCAGAAAAAGAUUGAGGACGAUUCACUUCUGCUUAUGCUUAUUACGAGGGAGAAUGGGAGGCGGAUCUUAAAAGACGUUCCAGGCCAAACUCCAGCCAAUGAAUUCCAGGAGAGUAUGUUAAGAGAUGGAAAAGGUCCACAAGAUCCCACAUCAAUCUGUGAUGGCAAUGCGAAUACACUACCUCAAGCUGUACCGAAGAUGCUAAAGGGAACCAAAGGUGAGAUAGAGACUAGCUUGCCCAAGCUGGAGGAGCCACAUAAACAUCCUACAAGAAAAAUGACAGAGACGCUGUCUGAAAGUGAAAUUCAACUUAAGAAGAUAAUUCUCAAAAGCCAGCUGUUCCUAGACACAGCAGAGGCACUUUUCAAACUCAGCAUUCCUCUCAGCAUCCUUCACACCGAUGGGAACAAUUACAAUCGAGACGACAACAAUCUAAUCCUAGACUGCGGCUACGAGCUAAUGAAACGAAAAGGGAGACUCCAGGAGCUAAGCAUCCACCCAUUUGUGAAGGUACCCAUCAGCUCCUCUAAAGUGAAAUCCUUAGAAGAUCUCGUCAAACAAUUGAGCAAAGAGUUCAAGAAGCUGAGAUCGUACGGCAGGGAGGAUUGUACCAAACCGGUUGUUGAACACUACUUGCCUAAGAUACUGGAAAGAGAUGUUCACUACAAAGACCCAGAGUUGAACUCAAUGUGGGACAUGGGAUGGAACGAUUCGAUGCUUGCUUUCAUCGAAAGAGACGAUGUUGUAAGGGACACCGAACGGUACGUGUUCAACAAGCUGGUGGAAGAAGUAACCAGAGAUCUUAUAUGCAUAUGAGCAGCUCCAAAUUCUUUCCAAAUCACAAAGUUUACCCAAUUUAAGAUUUAGCAUCGGAAUGAAAUCGAUCUCGGUGAGAUUAUCGAUCCAAUCGAGGUAACAAAUCGAUGGAUUUAUGUUUACACGAGGAAAAACAACAGAGGAACAACUAAGAUGCAGAAAUCGGA